UUGAAUACAUUAACCAUGUUAACAAAAAUAUUCUUUUCAGAUCCUGUUGAGCAUGUCAUUCGUGCAUUUUGUGUAUUUAUCGUAUUUACCGUUUACAACAAUUCUUGUUUACACACGUUUAUUUCAUUGCGGUUGUGUAUACAAUUUUUGAUCAAUAAAUGUAAGAAACAAAUUGAUCUUGCGAUCAGCAGGCAAUGGAUACAGGUAUAUAGCAAUAGAAAAAGACAGCGAUAUCUAACAUGGGACCAGUAUUUUAUGGCAGUUGCCUUGGUUUCAGCAGAAAGAAGCAAAGAUCCUGUAACGCAGGUUGGUGCUUGUAUUGUUAAUACAGACAAUAGAAUUGUUGGUAUAGGCUAUAAUGGUAUGCCUAAUGGAUGCAGUGAUGACGAUAUGCCAUGGGGAAAAAAUUCAAAAGACAUUCUUAAAACUAAAAAAUUAUAUGUGUGUCAUGCGGAGAUGAACGCCAUUGUAAACAAGAUAUCUGCAGACAUCCGGGGAUGUAAGAUGUACGUAACACUGUAUCCCUGUAAUAACUGUGCAAAAAUCAUCAUACAGUCUGGGAUUAAGCACGUGAUUUACUAUGAUGAUAAAAACAGACAUAAAGACGAGGCUAAGGCGUCACAAUAUAUGCUUGGUAAAGCAGGAAUAACGAUCAGGAAGUAUAAUUCGACUUCUACACAACUAAACAUUGGAACUUUGAAGAGUCAAUUAUGACCAUAUAUAUAUGACUGUAUACAAAAUCCGUACAGUGUAGGAAAAUAUCAAAUUUAUUUCACGAGCUUUAAAAAAAUUAAAAGAGCGAAGCUGGCCGAGCUAUUCUCCUGUUUCGUAACGAGUACAAAUAAAAUUUAUAUUUUCCUACACUACGAAUAUUGUUUUUAUCCUGCAAUUUAACAUUGAGAGUUUUUUUUCCGCAUCUCAUUCCUCACAUUAGUUUUUGAAUGAACUCGACAUGACUUAAAAGCGGACCGCAAUGCGGACCCCGAAUUGAACUGUCAUGUAAACAGUAAUUUGAACAUAGCCGUUCGCUCGCAACAGAAGCAGGAUACCAGACUGUAAUCGUACAGUACACAUUUAUCGCUUCGUGAUAUCAGUACACCUGUUAUUGUAUAGUAGUAAGGUCGAUUGCAGGAUAUAACAAGUUAUAUACGUAUUACGAGUAUCAUAUAUGGAUCGACAGCAUAUUCGAUCGGACUUGUAAAGGAUUCUGAUAGAGUUGCAUAUACUUGGAGAAAUAUAGGCUAAAGAUGCAACUUAAUACCACUUAUUGAUAUCUUACAUGUUUUAUGCAUGGAAAAUAUGAGAAAAAAAUACUAAUAUUCAUUUGUAUAAGUAAGAGAUGAAAUAAAUAAAAUCUGUAUUGGUAACAGCAGACAAGGACACUUCUGAUAGAUUAAUGGUUUUAAUUUAAUUUAUAGUUUUACCAUAAUUUUUUAUCAAAAUAAUAAAUUGCAAAUGGAUCGAACGUAAGUUAGAAAAGUUAGAAUUGCCGUUUUCGAUUUCAAUAUCAUUUCUUUUUCAUACAAUAUACAAUUGAAAACAA